UUGACCUGUUACACAAGAAAGCUGCAAGCGAUGAGAGAAAGCAGCUUAAUAAAUUCACUGGAUAUGUAAUUUCAAGAAUGAGAGCAUAUGCCAGUGGGGAACCUCUGAAGAAAGACGAGAAGGAGAAGGAAAUUAAAGCAUCAUAUGUUAAUAUAUCAGGCCAAAAAUCAAGCUAUGACUGCGCUAUCUACGUUAUGAAGUGGCUUGAGUUAAUUGAGCCGGAAAACAUUAAAAAGGGGAAGUAUGAAUGGGAUGAUUGGAAACAGGACGAGGUGGACUACUAUAGAGUGGAGUAUGCUUCGUGGAUACUAUUCAGUGAAAUGAAUAAAGAGAGAGAUCAAGCAAUUAGAGCGAGUAAUGCAAUAAGACUGUCGAAGCCAUCCUCCGUAUUAUUGAGUCCAUUUUGUCAGAUAAAUUCUACUGGUAUAGAAACUGCGUAAUCCAACUGCUAGCUAGUUUGUAAAUUGAACAAAUGCUGUAAAAAUUUUCCAUUUAUAAACAACUUCUA